GCGCCAGCAGGACGGGGAGGGCCGCCAACCUUACAGCCUCCGCCACGCUGAGCGUUGCUUUCAUUUCCCAGCGCCCUCCAGACAUGAGCAAGCACGCUCGGCAGGUGACCCCGCUGGGCGACCGGCCCCCGUCCCCCGGCAAGGGCCAGAAAAGGAUUCCCAAGUGCUCCCGCUGCAGGAACCACGGCUUCGUGUCGCAACUGAAGGGACACAAGCGCUUCUGCAAGUGGAAGGACUGCCAGUGCCAAAAGUGUCGGCUGAUCGCCGAGCGGCAGAGAGUCAUGGCGGCGCAGGUGGCCCUCAGAAGGCAACAAGCUCAGGAUGAGGAGCUCGGGAUUUACAGUCCGGUCGAUCUUUGCAGUCCGGGCUCGGUGAUGAAGCCCGAAGGCGGCGCCGACUGCUUGUUCACUGUGGAUGGUCGACCCCUGGCAUCUAACGCCGCUUCCUCGCUUGGCGCCACAGGUGCAGAAAAUCACUCCAGCCCGACGGCCAGCCAACAGUCCGAUCUGCUGCUGGAGACCUCCUACCAACACCUCUACCAGCCUUCCUGCUACCCGGGCUACUACAACAACGUGUACAACUACCAGCAGUACCAGAUGCCCAACGGAGACGGCCGUCUGGCGGGCCACAACAUGUCCCCCCAGUACCGCAUGCACCCCUACUACCCGGCAGCCCCGUACCUCGGCCAGGGCCUGGGCGCCUCCUCCUCCAUGCCGCCCUUCUUCCCCACCGAGGACAACAGCUGCUCCGAGGCCAUGGCGGCCUGUAGCCAUGUCACACGUCGCCGUCGGAGAGGAGCCCUUGACCUUUCCUCCCGUCCAGCCGGCGGGCGGCGCCGAGGUCAAGACCGAGUUGGACGCCAACAGCGAGGCGAGCGACCUCCUCAUCGUCGUUGACGACGUCGGCCAUUGAGGAAAAAGGCCGGAUCACGCAUUAAUAUUAUUUUAUAAUCACAACAAUUGUAUUGAUUAAUGGAUGGUUAAGAACUGGUAGAAGUGACUGCUGAUCAAUGGAGGCAAAUUAAAGUGCAUUACAUUCUGCAACCAGCAGAGGCGCCAUUUGUUGACGUUAUGACGCAAAAACUUACGUUAGUAUGAAAAAUCGGUAAUGUUUACCCUGUACCACUUUUUUGAAAAAUACCAAUAAAAAGCCCUUGCUGAUAA